AUGGCGGUAUCCGGUGAAGCCCCGACGUCAGCUGCGUCACCUCCGGCGGAAGGCUGGUACCUGGAUAUUGGGGCUACGGUGCACGCUACACCCGAUGCCGGCAUGAUGACUCAGUCCGAAGAAUACGGCGGUCCCGAUGUGCUCCGAGUCGGUAACGGUGCAUGUUUGGUGAUUUCACGAAUUGGUCAUGUAUCAAUCCCGUCUAUCUCUAAGCCUUUACGUUUAUCCAAUAUUUUACAUGUCCCGAGUUUGUCGGUUCCUCUAUUGGCCUCCGACACAAGCUCCAACACAGCCGGGGCGGCCAAGGGCAGCUGGGCCCAUAUACCGCUAAUUCCACCUUCGGCUACGACUCCUAGUCCAGGCCCAACCUCACCUAGGCUCGAACCCACACCGCUUGCACAGGUGUCACCUCCUUUGGCUAUUGAAGCUCCCGCACCGGUCAGGGCUCGCACUAAGAGUAUUCAUGCCCAACCGCAGGACCGGGAACAUGGCAUGCGCCUCCGUCACAUGACUCGAGACACGAAUGAGCCGUUUCAUGCCUUGAGUGCAACUACUGACCCAAUGUGCUAUUCUCAGGUGUUACGUACCAAACGCACGGCUGAUGGCUUAGUAGCACGUUACAAGGCUCGCCUGGUUGCCAAGGGCUUUAAUCAGGUAGCAGGAGAAGAUUUCGUUGACACCUUUAGUCCGGUUGUCAAACCGACUACGGUCUGGAUGCUCUUUUCUAUCGCCGUGUCAAAUGGUUGGACUCUACGCCAGUUGGAUGUUCACAAUGCCUUCCUGAAUGGUCACUUGGCGGAAAUUGUAUAUAUGAAACAACCUCCGGGAUAUGAAGAUCCAACCUACCCUGGUCACGUCUGUCAUCUACAAUGCUCUCUCUAUGGUCUCAAACAGGCCCCCCGUGCUUUGUUUAAGAAGCUCCAUGAUUUUCUACUGUCUGCAGGGUUCUUGGCCUCAAAGAUAGAUGUUGCGCUUUUUUAUUAUGCUUCGGGCAAUUCCCAAAUUUUUCUACUUGUUUAUGUCGACGACAUCAUUAUGAUGGGAAAUGAGGCAACUCUGCGGUGCUAUAUGACUGACUUACUUAGUCGCUCUGGGAUGGUGGACUGUAAGCCACUUGCCACACCAGCUGCUGUCACCCAGCCGUUCAUGCACUCCCCGUCUGUUGACCACUGGGGCCUAGUCAAACGCGUUUUACAAUACAUCAAAGGUACUCUCAAUUAUGGGUUACGCCUGUCACCUUCGUCUUCCGCUACCAUUCAUGCCUUUUCAGACUCUGACUGGGCGGGUUGUCCUAUUGACAGAAAGAGCACGUGUGGGUAUGCUGUAUAUUUGGGGUCCAACCUUAUUUCUUGGCUGUCUAGGAAGCAACACGCCGUUGCACGUUCAUCUACUGAAGCUGAGUACAAAGCUCUAGCCGAUGUCUCUGCUGAAGUCACUUGGGUUGUUUCGCUACUACGAGAACUUGGGUUACACUCUGGCCAGCCGUCGACCUUGUGCUGUGACAAUCUCGGGGCAACAUAUCUUUGUGCCAAUCCCGUUUUUCACGCACGCACCAAACACGUGAAAAUUGACUAUCACUUCGUCCGUGACAAGGUGGCCUCCGGGGACUUUAUUGUCAACUUUGUGUCUACUAAGGACCAGCUUGCAGAUAUCUUCACCAAACCGUUGCCGGGUCCAAGAUCUUCUCUAAUCCCCUCUGCUGCAUUCUGUUCUGUUCCAGAUUUGAAGAAGAAACACGACUCACCUUAA